UUGAAACAUGGCGGAUGUGGUAAUUAUGCGAUGUAACGUUAGAUGAUCUUAGCUAAACUAAACAAGUACAAUGAGUCAUUUGUUUAAUCUACCAGAUAUUUAGGCUUGCAUAUUGUUGAUUUGUAUGUUCUUGUGUCCUCUGUUAUUUGUGUGACAGACCAGAAUUCCCGUCGCUAAAUCAUUUGGACGUUUGCGGACAGUAUGGAGACUCCUCAUAUUGGUGUGGUCCGGGAUUCCAUGUUGACUAACCCACGUUUAAAUCGGCCCUCCCUGGGAAGGUCCAAGUCGAAGGGUCUGGUGUGUCCAGGACCAAAUUUUGUGUACGGAAUGGUGACCACCAUUCAGGAUGGAGGUGUAGCUGAAGCCAUCUCCAGCUGGUACUGUCCGUCGGCUGAGGGCAGGCGUGGUGGCGCCCCCCGCAGGCCGGAGAGGGAUUUUGUGUCUCUGAACCGUGAGGGGUUGAAGUCUGGCCUGGUCACAGCCAAGGAGCUACAGCAGUACCGCGGCACGCACAACAUCAGUCGCCCGGCGCCCGUCCGUGGCGUCGAACGCCGCUCCAUGCCAACCCUCGUUCCCCCCGACAUGACCUUUGGCAUCUGCAACCGCCCGUCCACGCCUAUCGGUGAGCUCCUGCACCAGCAGUACCGCCAGCGCUGGAUACAGCAGCAGAUCGACAGACACACGGCUCUACAGGAUCAAAACACCAAGAGACAGCUGGGGAGAGUCCAGGACACUCGGACGUCGGUGCUGCGGAAGAGUCGGCCCACUGUUGUGAGCUCCCCCUUGUGGAAGCUGCCUCAAUUUCAGCAGGUGGGUCCAGCUCUGGAUACUUUCAGAGACACAGCCGCCCGACAGAGAGCCCUCAAAGCUCAGCAGUCAGAUGCAGCCAGAGGACCAGGGGCACAUGGCCAGGGCACCAACAUCAAGGACUAACAAACACACACAUACAUGCAUUCACCUGCUCAAUCAGACGCUUAGCCUACUUAGUGUCGAAAUGCGGUAGACAAUGGGACUGUAUCACUUUUCUGCCUUGGCAUAAGGCAUAUUUCUCUGUACUACUCUGCUCAUUAGUGUUAUAUUAUAAUGAAUAAUUAUACUACUUUCUACUUAUUUUUAAUUAUCUUAUCUCACAAUUAGGUUACCUAUUGUCACAGCAGAUUAUGCUGAAAAUAUGAAAAUGCCUGACUUCUCCUUUGCCUGACAAAAAGAAAGGUCUCUAUUCCCGUUCCAAUUUCAUCAUUCUUUUUUUUUUUUUUUUUUCAAGAAAA